UUUCAUGCAAACAUUAAGUAAGAAAAAUGUUUCAUGGCAAACAAGAUGGUGGAUUUGGAAUGAAAAGUACAGAUUCUGGUACCAACUUUUGCCUGGCAAAUGAGACGAAUUCUUUAUCGUGGCAAAAUGUGUACGAUUUGUCGAUAUUUUGUGAGGAGAAACUCACCGAAAUCAUUAAGGACGUAAAUGAAGGUCGGUUUUUACCACCGGUAGGACUAGCAUUACUACAGCAACACUUGGGACGGGUCUUGGAGAAACGCCAUCCAGGAAUCAAUAAACACCACAAUGCAUCGCUUUCUAUACCGGCCUUGUUGGAUUUAAGGUUGAAAGAAAUUUCUAAAAGAGACAUCACAGUUUUAACUUUAGGGGAACUUAAUGCUGGAAAAUCAACCUUCCUUAACAUUUUGUUGGGUGGGAUGUACAUUCCGACGGCGCGACAAAAGACGACAAAUAUAGUCUGCCACCUUCAGCAUAGUCAUGAUCGGAAUGUGGAAAUCUUUUUUACAAGCACAGAGCGAAAACACUCUCUAGUUGUGGACUUGACUGAAGACAAAGACUGCGAGGGAUGGGCUAAAUUAAGACAAUGCAUUCAAUAUAGAAGAUUUGACGACCAAGAAGUGAAAAGAGUAAUUAUCAAAUGGCCAAUGUUGUUAGUUGAGGGAAUGUUUGGAGAUCUUCAACAGCGUCCUGUGCAAACAAACUUAGAGGUGGAUGCAAAAUGUAAUGGAAAGUCUUUUCCACAGACUAUACCAAAAAGUCAGAGGCAUCAAAGGGAAAUUUACAACCGAAUGAUCACAGAGCCGACAAAUUCAAGUCAAUCAGAGCGUAAACAGGUUUUUGAGUCGACACAUACUGAUUCCGGUGUUGGGAACGAAAUAAUGUCCGUGACAUCUAAUGCAUCGGUUAGAACUGAAGAUCUUUUUGGAAGUCCUAAAGAUCAAACUACACAAAACAUCACACAUUCACAUGAAAUUGCAAGUGAUGAAGCAAGCAGUCCAUCUUCAGUAGAAAGACAGGCCGGAGAUUUUGCAGUUUCAGCUGAAAGUCUUAACUCACAAAGUUCUGAAACUACCCCAAAGGCCAUUGCUGGUGAUCAGAGGGGUUCACUUUCAUUUGAUUGGGCGUCAGCGUCUUCACCGUCUUCUGUCAGUGAAGAAAGUAUUGGAAGCGGGGAUGAUUCGGAUACUGGGGAUGUACCUUUUAGAGUCCGAUUUCUGGAUUGCCCGGGUAUUCAUGAGCACGAUGAAGAGAAACACGUUGUCCAGCUGGCACUGGAUGAAACACAAAACAGCAAGUGCUUUGUGUUCAUUCUAGACACAUCGAAUGGCCCAGGAAUAACGAAAAAUGUUGAAACCCUUAUAGAAGAUAUUAAGGAGAAACUCUCCGUUUUCGGGAAAGAAUUAUCAUCUGACAAUCUGCUUUUCGUCGCGAAUAAGACAGAUCGUUAUGACGGGAAAAAGGAAGACAUAAAACGUGAAGUCUACAAUGAGGCUAAGAAGACGUGGCCACAGCUUAACAUCAGACCAGAUCAUGUGAUUCCAUUAUCAAGCACACAUAUCCUUAAAGCUGUUGCUAAAGGACAGUCAACUCCAAUCGAUGCACUCAACAAAGAAUUGAGAACGUUUCUGAAACAAGCGACACAAGUUUACAUGGAAGAUACCCUUCUCUGGCUUAUGAUAAUUUUGGAAACAGCCAAGGACAUUGCUGAGGUCGCUUGCAACAAUCACUCUAGGAGUACAACAAAGGCAAUGAAAUCGCAUUUAAAACAGAUAAAAGAUGAAGCGUUAGGACUACAGGAUAUAGAUAGCAAAAAGAUUCAAGAGGAAAAAACAAUCAUACAGGAUGCAAUUAAAUCUUUGACGCAGGUAUUGGACAAGCAACAUGAACACAUAGGCGAACAUGCACGAUCAGCGCUGACCAAUGUAAGUUUGGAUACUAAUGUUAUUGAAACAAGUCGCGACUGGAAAGAGACACUAAGAAAGCUGGACAUGCUUAUUUUUGAAAAGAUGGAAAUUCAUGUUAGAGGUGAAAUUGACGUUAUACGGGAAACCUUUCAAGAAAAGAUGCAAUAUCUAUAUCAAGAAGAGCAUGAAACCCUUGCAAAACUUAAAAAAAGUCUACAAGGACUUAACACAACAGAUCAAACUGAUACGACACUUAUUGAGAGAGUUCUUGCAAUUUUGACACCAACAACUUUGUCUCUAGGCGUGCGAGUUGCUCCAGUAUUCUUCCCUUUCUUUUACCUUGCACUUCCAACCCUCCCUCUGUGGCUUAUAGGGAUGUCCGUGUAUGACGAAAUACAAGAUAAUCGACAAGAGCACGAAAGACAGAUCUUUGAAAGAGACAGACGUGAAUACGUUAAAAGGCGUUUCGACAAUCUCCUUGAGAACAUGAAAGAAAACUAUGUGAGAAUAUCAAAACAAGUAGGCUCUGGUUCUCUGCCUUCUAUCGCAAUAAAAGGAAAUGUUUCAUUUAAGUUGAUGGAAGUCGCUAUGGGCUCUGUCCAAAUUAAACAAACAGCAAAUGAGUUGACAGAUCUCAUAGACUUUCUCCAAAAAGGAGAUUUGUCGGUUAAUGAAUCAUCUACAAAAUCUAUUCGCAAGCUGCAUCUUGAAAUAACAAAGCAUUAUGCUUGUGUGUCGUUAGCAAAAGAUUUUGAAAACCUGCAUAGGUUUGAAAGUAAAGCCGUAAACACAGUUACGGAAUCUCCUGUUGAAAGAGAAUUUCCUGUCUGCAGACAAACAAAAACUUGUAGAAACGGAAAAGACUACAUGGAUGUAGAACUGAAGUGGAUGACUGAUGCAUUGGACGUCGACAAACCUAGAAUAAAAUUUGGCUACCGGGAAUGUGUCAUGUUGCGUGAGAUGGCAAAAGGAACCAGUGAAAAGAUAGCACAACUUUUCGAAACCACUGUUCAACAUGAAACUUCUCAUGUGAGUAUGGGAAUCAUAAUUUUACGUGGCUUUUGUGCCGGUUGCCAGAUGACAAACAAAGAAAGGAAGAGUUUGGCCAUUUUAGGAGUGAAUGCUUGCGAUGCCUCCAAGCCAUUCAAGAGAAGAAUAUUAUACAUGGGAAACUGCAGCCAUUGCACUUUAUAA